AUUCUGUCCGCUGUCCAACGUGAGCCAAUGUAUGGCGUCUAGAAUUUAUCGCUAGGCCCUAACGACUGAAACUUUCAGUAUGAUUUUUUAAUAUUUGCUUGAGUUUUUUUUGUUUAUAGAUCAUGGGGCGACAGUAAAACCCAGAUAUCUAUUUCUUCUCGGCCUCGGUCUACUCGCAUCUCUACCAGAUAGAUAACUGGCCCAGUUCAGGCCCAGGCAAGGCAGCCAUGGUCAAGUUCCUCUUCACUUGCAGCGUAUUCAAGUAUUCCUGGGAACAGGUUGCAACUGGAUUGUGGCAAAGAUAUCCCAACCCCAACAGCAAACAUGUGCUGACAGAGGAUGUCAUCUCUAGACACACUGAUGGGAACAAGCUCAUAUCGAGGCGGGUUCUGACAAAGACCAACAAAAUCCCAAAGUGGGGCGAGCGGUUUGUGGGCGGUGACAGCCAUGUUUUGAUCAUUGAAGAAUCAGUUGUGGACCCAGACCAGAAAACUCUUACAACAUACACCAGGAAUAUAGGAUUGCAGAAAAUUAUGAGUGUUGACGAAAAAUGUGUUUACCGUACAAGUCCUGACAACUCUUCAUGGACAGUGUGUGAAAGAUCAGCCUUCAUUUCGUCAUCAUUGCCUUUUGGUUUUAGCAAGCCUAUUGAAGUAUUUGGUGUGAAAAGGUUUCGUGCAAAUGCAGAAAAAGCUGCUCAAGGAUUUGACUACGUUCUCCACUCUUUGUUCAAACCAGACAGUGUAAAGGACCAUCCGCUUGUUGCUUCCAGCAAAAUAAAAGAUACUGCUCGAAGAGCGGCCGAAAUGGCUAAGUCAAAAACAGCUAUGCUUCAGCGAGCAUCAUCAUGAGAUUGACAAUUGCUUUUCAGGUGUAUCGAAAGCUAAAAAAAAAAGCUUACUGUAUGGUAACCUAUCUCCCAUGGAGAAUGCAGAUAUAUAGUUUGUCACUACACAUCUUUCAGAUGCGGGUAUGAUGACAUUGCUGAAUAGUAUCCCAGUGAUAAACUUAAUUGAAUGACCUAAUGAGACAGAUGGUCAAUGACUGAUAAGCUUGCUUGGAAGCUAAAUAGAGCAUUCCAGUGUUGAAUGCCAUAUCAUAUCUGAGGCAGGCAUAAUUUUUUUUUAUCAGUUUUUAAUUUUAUAAUUUUGAAUAUUUUAAAAAUCAAGUACCAAUUUUCUAGCCAUAUAGUAUAUAGUGAGGCAUAGAAUUAGAGACAGUUUAAAAGUCGAAGCACAUAGAGUUGAUAUCUCUACUGUAGGACUGGUUCACUAUUGUGGAGUGGGAUUUCUCUUGAUAUUCCUUAUUAAAUUACAUUGCUGUGAAAAAAAUUCCCAAGUGUAUGAUGGUUAGCUCUUUUUAAAAGCAAAUGCAUGCACGAUUUUUCAACACCUUAACAGUUAACCCAUUCUUAAUACAGGCUGGUGCGGCUGAACUGAUUGGAAUCUUGAUCAAGGCUCAGUAGCUAUUUGCUUUCUUUCCGAGUGGUGCUCGUAAUUUUGCCCGUCUUCCUAGAAUAUUUCCUCUCAGUUCAGUGUCCUGUCAAUGGUGUCAAGAUUUCUGCACUCCACUCACAGUAACAUCAGUGGAGUCUGCUUAAAUGAAACAAUCAAACAGUUUGUCCAAAAUUAACUGUAAACAGAAAGAAAAUUUUUAUAUAAUACCUCUUUUUUUCUCUUCUGUUUUAGUGCUACUUCUCUGUACUGGCUGUCCUCCAGAUGUUAGUUUAAGCGACUCUACUGUAUUCAGUGUCUAAUACUACUACUAGGGCAUUAUUGCACUUGAACAAAGCCAAAAUGACACUUCUCUUCAGAAGGCACUCUCUGCUAAUGAUGGUAACCCCCCUAUACUAUACUGUGCCAUAUCAUCUGCAGUUCCUCCCCUGUCCUUUAUUUUUCAUUCCAGACCGCACAGUAUAGAGAUCUGUUUUUCCACUACGGAAUUGUGGGGUGAACAUACAAGAUCUUGCGUCUGAUUUUCUGUUGUAAUUGCGUAAUUGCCGUGAGUUCCUACAGUAAAUUUAAAAUGAGGAAUGUACUCACCUGUUACAAUGAUUAUCUGUUGAAAUUGCUGUGAGCUCUGAUUAUGAAUGUUCAGAAAUAUUGUUUAAGAAGCUGAUGUUUCUAAUAAUGGAAACACUAUACAAUUUUCUGGUGUGAAACUUUGAUAUGUGAGUUAAUUGGUUAAAUUUAACUAGUCCUCCAUCCAUUAUUUACAGUGUAUAUAAAUUUUCUACAUUGUAUUAAUAUUUCAUAUAUAUCCAGUGAUGGCAUGAGCACAUGAAAUUCUCUCUCACUCUGACGGAGAAAGGGAUUUUGCUUAAGCUUUGAUUUAUUUAAAGCAUUUUGCAUUCUUUUCUCUUUCACCAUAUAUUUUAUUGAAUACAUUAUGUUCUUCCAUGAGAACAAUGGUUUGUUCACAUCACCAUCAGAUCAGCAAGGUAAGAGAUGGUCACUCAACUGGUACAAUGAUUACAGGGAAGUAAAUUGUACAUCUGCAUGUAAAACAAUUUGUGUUCACCAAAGAAAUAUCAAGGUUGCAUUCCAGUCAUCUGUUGGGAUAAAACGAUAUUUUAUUUGGAUUGUCAGUGUGAUAAGAUUGUACAGUCACAGUGUGUGUGUGUGCUAGAUCACCCCAAAUCAAUAUCAUGUUGACCAUUCGCCAAUGAAAACAUAAAAAUAAAAUAUAACGAACUUUA